AUGUCGCCUCCCGGUGCACAAAAGGGAAGUUCUUUGACAUUGGUGCUAAUGGUUGCUUCUGCAGCCUCUGGAGGAACUCUUCAAUAUGGCUACAACCUCGCAAUAAUGAAUGCUCCCACAACUUUUAUUCAGACCUUUGUCAAUGAGACAUUCUUGGAGCGGUGGGACAUCCAGUUGGAGGAUUACCAGGUGACUCUGGUCUGGACAAUUAUUGUCUCCAUCUUCUCGUUGGGAGGCUUUGCGGGGUCUCUUAUCGCAGGACCGAUGACCAUACGGUUUGGGAGGAAGAAAUGCCUGUUGUUGAACAACAUUUUCCUCAUGACUGGAGCACUCUUAGCCGUGACAAGUAGAGCUGCCAAGUCUUUUGAAAUGAUCAUCAUCUCACGUGUCCUGGUUGGGAUAAAUGCCGGGAUCAGCAUGAAUGUGCAACCCAUGUAUUUUGGAGAAAGUGCACCAAAGCACUUACGCGGGGCUAUCUCCUUGUCAUCAGCUGUUUUCACAGCAUUUGGUGUUGUGUUAGGACAGGUGGUCGGACUCAGAGAGAUUCUGGGCAGUGAGCCGUGUUGGCAGUAUCUUCUUGCCAGUAAUGCCAUCCCUGGCCUCGUCCAGCUCCUUACCCUGCCGUGGUUCCCCGAGAGCCCCAGAUACCUACUCAUCGACAGGGGGGACAAGGAGGCUUGUAUUAAGGCUUUGAGACGGCUGCAAGGCUGUGAGGUCCAAAGCAGCGAGCUGGAUGAGAUCCUGCAGGAACAGGCUGAAACCAAAGGCAUGAGGCCCCGUCGACCCUGGGAGCUUUUCACUGAUCGCUCAGUGCGCUGGCAGCUCAUCUCUGUCAUGAUCAUCAGCAGUGCCAUGCAGCUCUGUGGUAAUGACUCGAUUUACUUCUAUGCAUCAUACAUAUUCAAAGAGGCAGGAAUAUCAGAUGAUAAAAUCCAAUAUAUCACAAUUGGCACUGGUACAUGUGAAUUCACAGCGUGUAUAAUGUGUAACCUGCUGGUAGAGCGCAAAGGUCGGAGGUUCAUGCUGAUGGGAGGAUACAUCCUCAUGACCGUCUGGUCUGUUGUCUUCACAAUUGCUCUGUUGUUCGAGCACUAUACAUCCUGGAUGCCAUACAUAAGCAUGGCCUGCAUCUUCACCUACAUUCUCAGCUUUGGCUUUGGACCAGCUGGAGUGACUGGCGUUCUGCCCACAGAGAUCUUCAAUCAGACCGCUCGGCCAGCAGCCUACAUGAUCGCUGGCUCCAUGAUGUGGCUCAACCUUUUCAUCAUUGGGACGAUCUUUCCAUUUCUAGUGAGCGGGCUGAGUGAGUACUGCUUUGUGCCUUUCGGAGCAGUCUGCCUGCUGUCUGCAUUGUUUGUCGGCCUGUUUCUGCCUGAGACCAAGGGGAAGUCUCUGUCAGCCAUCACAAGUGAAUUCAACAAGCUCAACUUCAAAGGCCAGGAUGAAAAGUGUGCGUCGCAAGCUAAAGCUCAGUAUCAGUUGGGUGAAGUGAGUCAUUCCACGGCCUUGUAG